AUGAACGAAAUCGAGCGAGAAUCUGCUACUUAUCAGCCUCUCUCAACCGCCUGCUUGUCCAUUUUCUUUAUACUUGACUCGCUACAUUAUAUCAACAGGCUUUACCAAUUCAGCCUCAAUUUCUUUGAUAUUUUCAACUCCGCCAUCGCUGAUGGGCCUGCGGAAGCUACUGACAAGGCCGAGCGACUGGACAAAAUCGUCAAAUUCCUUGUCAUGGCUACAUAUCUGCGAGCUUCUCGAUCUUUGCUCCACCAGAAUCGUAUCUGUCUCGGCCUCCUUCUCGCCAAGAUUGAGUUUUUACUUUACCAAAACAACAUCGCGCUGCCAGAACUCAAUCAUGUCUUACAAAAUCAAGACAUUCUCGUCAAGCCAAACGAAAUCGCCGCUUGUGGAUUCGAUGAUAGCUUCACGGAGCAGCAGAAAGAAAAUUGCAUUCGUCAUCAGAGACGAGUGAAGCAUUUUGGCAACUUGGAUUCGGCAAUCUCAAGCAACCUUGCGGCAAUCAAAUCAUGGAUGAAUAAUAAGAGUACAGAGCUUCCAAGUCUUUACGACUCGUCUAACGACUCUCCAGUUUGGCAAGCGGCUCACCUUCUUCUACUGUAA